GGGAAUUCAUGUCGGCCCUGACGGGACGGUCUCUUUCACACGAUGACGUGUUGUAUGACAAGAGGGGUGCUGACGGAAAAUUGCAUGCUGGACGCAGAUGUUUUUUAAAUGAUGUGUUCGGUCGAGUUAUGUAAAAGCAAUACGCGCGACGAAGCUGGGUUUGAACAUUGGACAUGCUUCGUCUCAAUUUUACACACCCUCAUGUACCUACAAUCUCUCGGCGUCGCACCCUGCGACCUCCGGGUGACCUAUUCGAAGCCAAACGUCGUUCCCCAACGUCGAUUCUCCGCGUCUCGGAUGUCUACUGUGCGUUUCUAUAUUGGUCUUCAAUGGGCCCCGGGCCGCACGAGCACCAGCCACUGGCCCGGCGCUUACAAAGAGAUGCACCAUUGGGCAGUCUCUCGUGCGACUGGACGUCUGGACGCGAAACAAAGCCUUCUCUUCCUCCCUUCCCCAACGGCGCUUCCAGGCCGUGAGAUCGUGGACCGUUCCCAAGCGCCGGAUUGCGCCCGGUCUACUUGGAGCAGCCUGGCCCUCCUGGCCACCUAUGUGCACCCGCCUGAAGCCCACCGAGACUUUGCACCCGACCGCUUCCCUGCCACUUCCGUCCUUUACAUCUUCACUUCCAUCGAUGGCGACCAUCGGCCUCGCGCCUGUUUCAAGGCUGAUGCAAUGUCGUUUGCUUCCUGCUUCAUUCUAGCGCCGGCAUCGCGUCCACUCAUGUCGGCGUCCGGAGAUCUGCCGUCGUUCUUUGAAGAAGCGCCGUACAGAACUCCUGCUGGUUUCAAAUCAAUGGGGACUUCACGAUGCUCGAGCAGGGCGUCGUAGGGUCUGACCAUGACGAUCUCAUUCCAUGUUUCAGGAAUUGGAAAGUGAGCGCUGACAGUCUCAGGAUGUCUUUUCAUGAUCGUGCAUUCAUAUAUCGAGCUGUGCGCUCCUCUCACUGCACUGAUCUCCGCAGAUCAAACACUCGUUCGCAACAUCCAACUCCCUCACCUUCUUUGUG